UUUCACUCUGAGAAUGAAAAUGAAAGCAAACACAAAUAAGCACUGAUCUUCCUGCCUUGACGUUUUUACAAGGUUAGUAAUCAUUUUUUAACAUUUUGAACAUUGGGUACAUCUUUUCAUAGUGGACAUUUUAAGAUUCUACUUGUAUUGAAUUGUGUCAAUACAUAUUGCAUGUAUACUAUCUAUUUUAUCGGUACCAAUUUUCGUGCUUGACAUGACAAUUAAGUCUGUUUUUAUUCUCAUUCUAAUUCAAUUCAAUUUCUUAUAUCUUGCACAGUCUAUCUAGAAAGAUGACAAUGACAAAGUACAAGCUCCCUGCUUUUUGCCUCGUGCUCAUAGUGUUGAGUGCCAGUGAAGCCAUACAGUUUCCAGGUCUCCAAUUAAUAUCUGAUUGCAUGGAAGCUAAAUGUGGUGUACGGAUGAAAUCCUGCCUGAGAACUAAUCAGGGGGAACUUACAGGCAAAGCCAAAGGCUGCAUUGCCCGCGACUGUAAAAAUGCCCUAAAACUCUGUGUGAAACAGAUACCGAAGGAUGCGUUUGCAUAUGCCAAAGUCAUAGCAGAAACCGCUGAACAGUAUGCUGAUGUUGGCCUAGACCUUUUCUCUGACUCCUACCUACAAUGCUGGCCGAGGCCUGACACUCACAAUGGAACUCAACUCACUGACUGUGUGAUUGAUGACCUCUUAGAGAAGAUGGAGCCUUUAAUUACUCUGUUUGGCUCUACACUGUUCAGUGAUCCAGCCUAUAUGGCAUGCUGGUUUGUUCACAUCGGGAGAAUUUUUGUCACGCUUGCAACUGAUACAAGUAACCAUGACUAUGCUGAACAAAUGGCACGGAACAAUGCAAUGGAAGCACAGAGGAAUGCGUAUGUAUACAUGAAAUGUUCGGCAAUGAGAAACCCGGAUGAAGACUGCAUUAACAUGUGGAAUCGUAUUUGGGGUACACCAGCAUGGAUGAAACGAAAAAGCAAAGAUAUCUUCGUUGGUUUUUUCAACAAUGUCAUAUCUGCUUCAGUGAAAUGCCAGAAGUCCUGAGAGGGAAAAUCACUGGAAGCACUGUAGGAGUAUGCCCUCUAUCUUCCCUUUAUCACACACUCUCUCUCAUUCUCACACACACAAACAGGCUUUAUGAAUAAAUUAUAAAACUGGUAGCUUUCAGCAUUCAUAUUUUAAUUGGGUAAAGGGCUGCGCAAUUAAUUUUCAAUAAAUUUCAGUUUCAACGUCAAUUAUGACUUUCAAUGAUUAUGAAAAGUUACCUCUUUGCUUUUCAGUAAUGUUUAUAUAAAUAAAUAAUGUUAUAUAAAUAGUCUUUAAAUAAUGUAUAGUCUUUUUAACGUUUCUCCUCCUUAUCCUUCCACCAGACCUCCUGGUAUCAGUUUCAAAGUGCCACAUGUAUAGGCUAUAUGACUAAUUUAAACUGUUAACAAAUAUGGUGA